AUGGAACCAUCGUCGUCAAGUAUAAAAGAAAACAUUCGCGUGUCAGAAAAAACGAUUGAGGCGGUGCAUCAGUUAUCUCAAAUUCUGAACGUUCACCUUACUCCUUCUCAGCUUGCCGUCUGCAUUGGCUUAAUAGAGAGCGGUGUAUCCUUUAAAGCUCCCAGUGAAGCAAUAACUUGUUUUUCUAAGCGAGGGAUUUACACUAUUUUUGUUUCAAAAUGUUCAAAAAUCUUUUUCACUAACGAGCUUGAUAACCAGGGUCUCAAUGGAAAGUUGUUUGUUGACGAGAGGAAAUGUGAGAAGUUAGUUGCAAGAGCUUGCGUGCUUGUUCUAAGAGUGUACUGUCAUUCUCCUGUCCCCUUUGUGCUGGACUCUAUCACUGCAUGUGCAGAAGUGGCGGAUGAUGAGGCGAGUUCAAGUCAUUUGCGUCCUGAAGCCUGGGAGAAUGGUAGCGACGUGAUGGAGUCAUUGUCAUCAGACGUUUCACCAGUUCCAGGUAGUUUUAGAGGAAAUGGGCAUUCGCAAGAUUCAUGGAACGGCGACGAUGAAGACAGUACGUCUGACGAAAUUGAAAGCUGGGUUUGUAGAGCCAGGAGACAAUCCAGUGAUAGGCGAAGAGGUGGGAAUGCGGAAGGACAGUAUGCCUCUUCUGGCAAUGAUUCAAACGUUGACUGUUUGAAUUCGACCGCUUCGGCAAGGAGAAGUUUGCAGUUUGCGACGGAAGCAGCACGAAUGGAACCUCCCCCAUUUUUAAGAGACGAGAAUCGAGGUAUUGGCCUAGCUGAUGAUGUUGAAAUGCUUACGGAAGAGCCUGGGAACGAACGUAGUGGUCCGAGUGAAACAACUUCACCAAAUGGCAGACAGCAUUACCACAGCGAUAAUGUUAAAUAUUGA